UCCUAAACAUAUCAUCGCCGCGAGUUUUCCACUUUCCACCGCGGGGGCCGCCGGCCGGCUAGUCGCGGUUUUCGCAUUCGCGCGGCCGCACGCCAAUACACAAAACCCAAACGCGCAGAGCACCCAAAAAUCUGAUACGGUUGUGCGACGUGAGAAAACCGAUUUUAAUAGAGGCGGGGUAAUAAGUGGCGCUAUUUAGCUAUUUAGUUACAUAGAACAAAAUUUUUGGCAACGUGACUAAAGUGUACGCAGUGCGUGGACGCGUGCCAAUUAUGUGACAUUUUUGUAAUAGACGCUGAGAAAAAAUUUUACCUACAUACACGUAAACACACCUGUUUUUUAAAAAUAUCAUUUUUGGUGUGUAAAAGUCGAAAAAUUGCGCGCUUGAUGAAAAGUUUCAAUGGUGUGUGGGCGUGCAUGGCGCAGGCGCCGGGCUAGGAAAGCUCCCGGGGGUGAAUCGGCCGCCGCCGCCACCACCGCCGCCCAGUGAGCCAGCGACGAGCAGCGUGAGCUUCCUGCCGGCCGGAAUCUCGCUCCGGGUGCGAAUCGAUACGCACCGCUCACCGAACGGGGCGCUCUCACGUGUGAAAACUAACCGACGAAAAAAAUUUCAUCCCCCCACAUAAAUACCACAUCAUAAAAAUCCGCAAGUGUAAAUUACGAAAAAUAAUAAUGAAGUGAUUUAUCUAUGUGCAUGUGUGCAUGUGUGUGUGGAAAAACGUUUAAAAUUACAAAUAAGUGCGCUACGGAUGUGGACGACGUCGUGCGAGUGCAAUAAUAGGAAUAACGCAAUUACACGAAUGAUUAUUAGGAAUGCGCCAGAAGAGAUUAAUUCCUAACCUCAAAAACCACAAUAAAAAUGCAUUAAAAUUUUGAUUUCUAACCAAAAAAUUCAUAAAAAUGGCGACGGAUCACAAAGAUUCCCUCGUGCUGGGCAAAAUGCACACGCGGUGCUUCCUCUGGAGCGCAUUCAGCGACCCAUACCUUGAGAAACUCUACCAGAGCUACAGCAUCAAACAGAAGCGCGCCGGCAUCGAGUGCUUCCUCAUCGCCGCGAUCCUCUUCGACAUCUACGUGCUGCUCGUGCCGAGCGGGCAGGACGCGUGGGUGUUCGCGGCGAUGAGCGCCUUCCUCACCGCCAACUGCUGCCUGCUGGUGUGGUGCAAGAAGGGCGUGCGCAAGUGCGCGAUAUGGCCGGCGGUGCCGCAUGUUGCGUGGCAUCUGGCGAACGCACAGCUGCUGGUCAGUUUGUUUCUCAAAAAGAACGAAGUGACUUCGCGAGAUAGUUUGGGAUGGGCGCUGCUGCUGGAUUAUUUAAUCUACGUGACGCUGCCGUUACGGUUGCGGUACUGUGUUAUACUCAGUAUUGGUACGUGCGCGAUGUAUUUGGCGGCCAUUAUUGGACUGGCGAAGAGUGAGCUGCAUGUUUGCCAUCAGCACAUGGCAAAUAUCCUUCUACUUUUGACAGCGAAUGUCCUUGGCUUAACCGCGUACUUUGUCGAAGAAAAACAACAACGACGUGCGUUCCUCGAAACAAGACAAUCGUUGGAAGUGAAACUCGUCAUCGAAGAACAAAGCGCCGAGCAGGAGCGACUGCUGUUAUCAGUGCUUCCGGAGCAUGUCGCCGUGCAAAUGCGACAGGAUCUGGAUAGCGCCGACAGCCAGUUUAAGAAGAUCUACAUGAGUCGACAUGAGAAUGUCAGUAUACUUUACGCCGACAUCGUCGGCUUUACGGCCAUCUCGUCGACGUAUUCGGCCCAGGAGCUUGUCAAGAUGCUCAACGAGCUUUUCGCGCGCUUCGACAAGCUUUCAGACAAAUAUCAUCAACUAAGAAUAAAAAUCCUAGGGGAUUGUUACUACUGCAUUAGUGGCGCACCUCAAGAACGUCCUGACCAUGCAGUUCUCUCCGUGCACAUGGGAUUAUCCAUGGUUAAAGCAAUUAAAUAUGUGCAGCAAACAACAAACUCCCCCGUUGACAUGCGAGUCGGUAUUCACACCGGUGCCGUCCUAGCAGGAGUGCUUGGUCAACGCCAAUGGCAAUUCGACGUGUACUCCAAAGAUGUCGAGCUUGCCAACAAAAUGGAGAGCAGCGGAAUGGCCGGACGAGUACACAUUUCAGCCACUACACUCUCUUUUCUCAACGGAGAAUUUGAAGUGGAAGCGGCAUUCGGCGAGAAACGUGAAGAAGCACUACGCAUCGCCGGACUCAAGACUUAUUUCAUUGGGAAAGUAUUAAAACCAUUCGAAUCAAAUGUGAAACAAGAAGUACAAAACGGUGCUGGAGUUAUUCACGAAGAGGAUGGAGUCAUGACCGAUUUAGGUUCGGAUACUACAAAGGAUGGCGAUGUAGACUGCGAUGACGGCGACGACAGCGCUGGUCCAUUGCGGCAACGUCAGGAUUCCGAAGACUUUAAAAAGCGCCUACGCAAGGAGCUGGUCAAUCGCGACGGGCACAGAGAACUGGCAAAAAGCACAAAUUUCCUUAGUCUGGCCUUCGUUAAACCCGAACUUGAGAAGAGCUAUCACCAUCAUACCGAGUCUUUUGGUAGUGUCAUCCUGCAGACGUUUCUUGUCGUGCGGGUAGCUAUCGGAAUAGCUCAGUUUAUUGUAUUACCAAGGCGCAUAAUGAAUUUAUUAUCCAUCGUGAGCGGAAGCUUAGCGUUAAUGAUAGUCUCAAUGAUAUCUUUGGCCGAAAUAGUACCGCAGAUGGUGUGCGCGUGUUUCAAGGCGUGUUUUAAUUGCAUCAACAAAUCAAUGUGGAUGCGGCGCAUUUUAUCCACCCUGUGUAUCGCCAUCCUGACAGCUGCCAACAUAGUCGACACGAUCUCCUGCACAACGCCAAAUGUGUCCGCGAACUGUACGCUCUUCGAAGACACGAACAAUGCGUGCAUGUACCCGUCGUACUUUUCCUACUUUGCCGUACUGAUCCUGAUCGCCGCCGCGCUGCCAGCUGCGUUGUCUUACACGUGCAAGACAAUCCUGAUGAUUUUCAUCACGUUGGGACACUGCGCCGUCAACGUGUUUGUGCUCGGACCGGCGUUGGACUGCGAGGAAUCACGCAAACACUUCACCACGCUCACACAGGGAAAGUACACGCUUUCAGCGCUGCUAUUGAUUGCUACGAUUGCUUUGGCGUUUUUAGCAAGACAUAUGGAGCAAGUAUCGCGAGUAUUAUUUUUAUGGCGUAAUGAAGUUGAAGAACAAAGAGAAUGCGUGAGCGAUAUGCGCAGAAGAAACGAAGCAUUGGUUUACAAUAUUCUACCGCCUCACGUGGCCGAACAUUUCAUGGGCAAUCGAAAACGACAGCAUGAUGAAUUAUACUCACAGAGUUACGCGGAAGUUGGAGUGUUAUUCGCUUCGAUGCCUAAUUUUUCAGAUUUUUACUCAGAAGAAACGGUGAACAAUCAGGGCCUCGAGUGUUUGCGCUUUUUGAACGAAGUUAUUUCGGAUUUCGACGCACUGUUGGAGCUCCCCCAGUUUCAAGACAUCAUUAAAAUCAAGACAAUCGGCUCGACCUAUAUGGCGGCGAGCGGCCUAAACCCCACCAAACAUGUCAAACCUGAUGAUCCGACCCCGGUGCGGUGGGCGCACCUCGCGCUUCUUGUGGAGUUUGCACUUGAAUUGAAGAAGGCACUUCAGUGUAUCAACGAGCAGAGUUUCAAUCACUUUGUGCUCAAAUUGGGCAUCAAUCAUGGGCCGAUAACGGCUGGCGUCAUCGGCGCGCGCAAGCCACACUACGACAUCUGGGGGAAUACUGUCAAUGUGGCGAGUCGGAUGGAGAGCACGGGUAAAGCUGGUUGCAUACAGGUAACUGAAGAAACAUGUCAAAUUUUACAAUGUUUCGGUUAUCAAUUCGAACAACGCGGGCUGGUCGCAGUGAAAGGCAAAGGCAAUCUGAUGACGUAUUAUUUGCUUGGCAAAGCCGGCAAAAUCACGCCGCCAACUGCGCCGGUCUCACCUGCUGUAAGUGUUGCGAAUGGUGGCACACCAGCUCUCACCGCCUCCGCCUCCGAGUCAGCCACCACCGCCGGAGAUGAAAGUUCCCAAACCACUUCGACGUCGAAGUCAGAUGAUCGCACUGAUAAAACUGUUAUUGAGUGUGCAGACGCACGAAGUGAUGUUUUCAACGAUGAUGGCGCCACUAGUCGGGACAUGACCGAGAACACGCUGCUGCUGAGCGAUACAUAAACAGUAAACAUCAACAAAAGUACAGAAUCAUAACAUAAUCAUGUUGAGGUGUCGACGGAUCAUUAAUAGGUAUAUCUUAGAGGCUCUAUUUAAUUUAGGUAUUAAGUAAUAAACGAUGAUGUAUAGAUGAUAUUAAUAGAGAUGAUGCUACACUACACUACAAGGAAAUAAUGAAGAAGAAAAGAAAAACUGCUUUCGGGACUUUUAGAGAGAAGUAUUGUAUAUACAUGUGUAUUGGUCAUAAUGAUGACUAUAAGAAAGCGUUUCGUUUUAUGAAAUUCUUGUAUUCUCAAAAAACUACGAAUUGUUUGUAUUUGUAUACUAUCAACAUGAUUUAUUUCUCAUAUUUGUUCGAAAUGCGCACAGGAAAACAUAAACUAUGUUUAGGUUAGGACACAAGAUGGCGCUAGACUGACUCUGAACCAUUGGAAACAUUAAACCAACUCUCAUUAACUGUAAAACUCAACAUUCAACAAAAAUAUAGUAAAUGUAUGUAUAGAGUAAUAAAUGAAAAACACUUGUAAACAUAAUAAUAUCGCUAGAUGAUGAAACGGUGGGUGUGCACUAACUUUUUAGGUUAGCCGCAAAACCUAAUGUGACGAUUAGCAGGAAUUUAGCAUGAGAAACACAUCGUAGAUGAUGAGAAAAGUAACAUAACCUAGAUGGAAAGCAACUUCUGUGAUUUUCAGUUAAGAUUAUUCACAUUUAACCUCAAAAUACUUCAUAUAAACUUCAUAUAUAAACAUAAAAGGCAAAAAACUGAAUGGAAUUUAUGGGAACAAUCAUUUCAUAGGUCCACUAAGUCUAAAAAGAAUUUAUAAACUAUUGAACUAUUGCAAUGUGUCAUCAACUUCCAUUUAAUUUAUUUUUACUACACUUAAUACUCGAAAAGCGUCAAACGAUGAAAUUUCAAAUGGAAAACAUGCAAAUGUAAUGUGAUCAGGACUAAUAUUGAAUAAUCACUAAAGAAAUCUUUAAAUAGAUGAAAAUUUAAAUCUUGUUGAAUGUCCUAUGUACAAUAUACUUUAAACAAAGAUCUGUUGAGCUAAACACACGGUGUUAAUCUAAAAUGAAUUACUGUUUAAAAUAAAAACAAAAAGUAAAUUUAAA